AAUUCAAUUGAACAUUGUGCUAGUGGUGUUGGUGAAUCUGCCUUUGUGAUUAUUUUAUUUGUGCUUCUUACAGUCUUCAAGCCCUUCGGAAUCCCAGGUAUUCAAAAUAACCACGGUGCCCUCUACUAAGGUGUGUCUCAUGAACUAGUGUAAAGUUUAGGGACGUUCAACUCCGUAUUAUUACCUUUUUUUUUCGUUCUUUUGUACCGCAUUGAGGCAUCAGGAAUGUUGUGGUGAGGGCCUUCGCAUUAAUUUUUCUCAUUCUGUUGUCUACAAAGUAAACUUUCAUGCUAGUGAACGUAUCAUAAGAAGCCAACAAAGUAAGACACCAAGGACAGCAUAGGUGAAGUUACUUGCAUUUAUAAAUAAAGUUUUUAAAAUGAUAAAUUCAUUGAAAGUAAGGAGGAUGAAAAAAACAUAACUGGCUGCAGGUGGGGCACAAACCCAAGUCUUUGAAUUACGCGUGCAAUGCUCUUACAAAAUGAUUUUACAAAAGGCACUUCACCGCCCUUGAAGUAUACAAUUUAUCGUGUGUGAUUUCCUUCCUAAAGUGAAGGUACUGAAUGACUGAUGAUACGAAUGAGUAAAGAGCACCUGUAAACACUUGCCCUUGGGCGCGGCGAAAAAGAAAAAAAAAGACUCUGGCAGACUCUAGACUAUGCCCUUUUUAUGAGGCGAAAUUACACCGUGAAGGAAAACGCCGGUUAUCAGAGAGGCGCGAUAGUCGAAGAAGCGCGAGACGUUGUUUUGCUUGCGAAAGUGGCGAAGGUGAGCGAUUGAGACGAUUCCGCAGCGGCGGCAGCGACCGGUUCCUCGUGGUCACGUGACUUCCUUCUCGGAUCGUCAACAGGGGGGCCCGGUUCUUAUUUUCUUCACUUCAGCUUUCUAGAACUAGGUGUCUUUUCGUCGCAAGUCUCGGCGUAUCCUGUAAUCAUCGUGAUCGCGCGAAGACUACCGCAAUUCCUCGCUGCCGGAACCAUUUUAUCGUUGUCAUGACACCAGCGCCAAGAAAUGGGAAGCUGGAACUGUGCGCCGUGAUUUUUGUGGCCGCGUUUGCGCUCAGCCAAGAGGAACUUCUAGAACGAAAGCCGGAGCUUGCGCAGUAUCAAGAUGCAUGGAAGCUGUUAAAUGUACCCGGAAAGUAUUACCUGUUUAUGAGGUCCUACGAGAAGGAACCCUUCUAUAAACACAAGAAGUGUGUUUUCAACGAACUGGUAUCUGUUAACGAAGAGGAGCAGUACACCGUGAAUCUUAUUGGAGCCACAGAUCCCAAUGACGGGUCGCAGAGCAAUCAAACGGCCUAUGCCUGGGUUCGAGCUUCCGAAGGUUAUCCGCUUCCCAAUGUGAUCCAGUCAUCUCUCACGCUUGACAGGAAACGCAUUGUAGAGUUCCCAGUUGCUUUCACCGAGUACAAGAACUGUGAAAUCCUGAGAGUACCACACCGAAAAAAUGGCUGUGAACUGUGGGUCAAAGCUAGUGAAGUGAAUAAGAUUGAAUCGCUCUGCUUUUUUGUAUUUCAUCUGCUUUGUGGACCGUCAAAGUACGUUGUGUAUGACCCAUAUUUGUGCAACGGGAAAUAAAAAAGUUCACCGUCACAUUGAAGUGCGUUCUGCGUGAAACGCGAUUGUAUGAUGUCCUCGUUGUGGAAUAAAAUUUUGAUUGUGUUGUA